AGAAUAAGAAGCGACGUGGCGAAAGAGGCAAUAAGCAAAUUCAAUCGUUGAAAAAAAUUGAACCGGUCCGGUCCUAAGUUUUUGUUGUAGUAGGCGGUUUGACGGCCGACUUAAACUUGAAUUAUAUUUGCCGAGAAAUAUCUUUUUAAAUAAUACCCUCAAGCACAAUGUGGCGUCUGGCUGGAGUGCUCCUCCUCGGCUUCAUAGCCAUUUCAUCCGGAUCGGAGCAAGAUGUUUUGGAUCUGGGAGACGACGACUUCGUCACCACCCUAAAACAACACGAAACUACGCUGGUCAUGUUCUACGCUCCAUGGUGCGGCCACUGCAAGCGAUUGAAGCCCGAAUACGCCAAGGCGGCAGAGCUCGUCAAGGACGACGAUCCGCCAAUCAAACUAGCCAAGGUUGACUGCACGGAAGCUGGCAAGGAGAUCUGCAGCAAGUACUCCGUCAGCGGCUAUCCCACGCUGAAGAUCUUCCGCCAGGAUGAGGUGUCGCAGGAUUACAAUGGACCGCGUGAGGCCAGUGGCAUUGCCAAGUACAUGCGCGCUCAGGUGGGACCCGCCUCCAAGAACGUGCGCACCGUUGCCGAGCUAGCCAAGUUCCUGGAUACCAAGGAUACCACUGUGUUCGGCUACUUCAGCGACAUCGACUCCAAGUUGGCUAAGGUAUUCCUGAAGUUCGCCGACAAGAACCGCGAGAAGUACCGCUUCGGACACUCCAGCGAGCAGGAAGUCCUCGAGAAGCAGGGCGAAACCGACCAGAUUGUGCUGAUUCGUGCCCCUCAUUUGAGCAACAAGUUCGAGUCUUCUACUAUCAAGUUCGAGGGCAGCUCCGACUCCGAUUUGACCACCUUCGUCAAGGAGAACUUCCAUGGUCUAGUGGGUCAUCGCACUCAGGAUUCGGUCAAGGACUUCCAGAACCCCUUGAUCACCGCCUACUACAGCGUGGACUACCAGAAGAACCCCAAGGGAACCAACUACUGGCGCAACCGUGUUCUCAAGGUGGCCAAGGAGUUUGUGGGACAGAUCAACUUUGCGAUCGCCUCCAAGGAUGACUUCCAGCACGAGUUGAACGAGUACGGCUAUGAUUUCGUUGGCGACAAGCCCGUGGUCCUGGCUCGGGAUGUAAAGAAUCUCAAAUACGCCCUAAAGGACGAGUUCUCUGUGGAGAACCUGCAAGACUUUGUCGAGAAGCUGCUGGGCAAUGAGCUGGAGCCCUACAUUAAGAGCGAGGCCGUCCCAGAGUCGAACGACUCUCCCGUUAAGGUGGCCGUGGCCAAGAACUUUGACGAGCUGGUUAUCAACAACGGCAAAGACACGCUGAUCGAGUUCUAUGCCCCCUGGUGCGGUCACUGCAAGAAGCUGACUCCCAUCUAUGAGGAGCUGGCCGAUAAGCUGCAGGACGAGGAGGUUGCCAUCGUUAAGAUGGACGCCACCGCCAACGAUGUGCCGCCAGAGUUCAAUGUGCGCGGCUUCCCCACCCUGUUCUGGCUGCCCAAGGACGCCAAGAACAAGCCAGUGAGCUACAACGGAGGUCGCGAGGUCGAUGACUUCCUCAAGUACAUCGCCAAGGAGGCGACUACAGAACUGAAGGGCUUCGACCGCAGCGGCAAGCCCAAGAAGACCGAGCUCUAAGCUGCACGCCGGGUUCAACUGGCCGCCAACUAGCAUUUCCAUAUUUUUGUAAAAUCGAAUGCAUUCUCUACAAUACUUGAGCAAAAAUUGUAUUAAAUUAUUUGAUAGUGAUGAAACGCGUACGAACACAAAUUGAUGAUUAUGUCGCAAUAAACUUAAAUCUUCAUUAAAUAAGUAAAA